AAAGUUCACUUCCUCAUUGUGGAUGUCUCAUGUGACAAGCCUGAUUUCUUUUUAAAGUCAAUUUAACUGAAGUCUCUUUGCUGCCUUAAAAUCUUUGGAGAGGAUUCACCACCAGGCAUUAUUAGUAUGGGAGCACCUGCAGGUUCUUUCAUGAAAUGGCUGGUUGGGCUGCUUCCGUUGUGCUCCUAUGCAGUGGCACAAGUACAUAAAGAUCCCACUUUGGAUCAUCACUGGAAUCUCUGGAAGAAAACCUACAGCAAACAAUACAAGGAAGAGAAUGAGGAAGUAGCACGGCGUCUCAUCUGGGAAAAAAAUCUAAAAUUUGUGAUGCUUCACAAUCUGGAACACUCAAUGGGAAUGCAUUCAUAUGAUCUAGGCAUGAACCAUCUGGGAGACAUGACUGGUGAAGAAGUGAUAUCUUUGAUGGGUUCCCUGAGAGUUCCCAGCCAAUGGCAGAGAAAUGUCACUUACAGGUCAAACUCUAAUCAGAAAUUGCCUGAUUCUGUGGACUGGAGAGAGAAGGGGUGUGUUACUGAAGUGAAAUACCAGGGUUCUUGUGGUGCUUGUUGGGCUUUCAGCGCUGUGGGGGCCCUGGAAGCACAACUGAAGCUAAAAACAGGAAAGCUGGUGUCUCUGAGUGCACAGAACCUGGUAGAUUGUUCAACUGAAAAAUAUGGGAAUAAAGGCUGCAAUGGCGGUUUCAUGACAACUGCUUUCCAGUAUAUUAUUGAUAACAACGGCAUUGAUUCAGAAGCUUCCUAUCCCUACAAAGCCAUGGAUGGAAAGUGCAGAUAUGACUCAAAAAAUCGAGCUGCCACAUGUUCAAAGUAUACUGAACUUCCCUUUGGCAGUGAAGAUGCCUUAAAAGAAGCUGUGGCCAAUAAAGGACCUGUGUCUGUGGCUAUAGAUGCGAGCCACUAUUCUUUCUUCCUGUACAGAAGUGGUGUCUACUAUGAGCCAUCCUGUACUCAGAAUGUGAAUCAUGGAGUAUUAGUGGUUGGCUAUGGUAACCUUAAUGGGAGAGACUACUGGCUUGUGAAAAACAGCUGGGGCCUCAACUUUGGUGACCAAGGAUAUAUUCGGAUGGCAAGAAACAGUGGAAAUCACUGUGGGAUUGCUAGUUAUCCCUCUUACCCAGAAAUCUAGACCUCUUCAUUUUAUAACAAGUCCAAAAAAUUGAAACACUUUCUCUUAAUUUAAUUUUACCUGCUAUAAUAGUAAAAAUAAGUGUGUAGUGACCAUUGUAUAUUUGCUCUACUAACAGAAUAUAUAGUUUGAAGAUAUAACUUUGAAGAUAUUGGAAAAUAUUUGCUACAUAAAUUAAUAAUGCACUAUAGAUAUAACUGUAUGAGAAUUGGUCAACCUAAGAAAUCUGUCAUGUUUGUUUUGUCACCAUCUUGUUUUACAUACUUUGUCAUUUUAAGUUCCCUUAUACCCUUUCCCUUUUGUAAUAUGAUGGCAUAUAAACGCUCAAUAAAUAUCUCUUUUCAACUUUG